AACAAUAAAUAAUGUGAGAACAACAUGCGGAGUCCCCGCCUCCCGGGAGGAAGAGAAAAACCCACAGCUCUGCUUUUACGUGCUUUUUCCGGUCUCGCGAAGUCUCGGGUUUUAUCGCGGUGAUUGUUGGUAGCAGCGGAGCUAGCAGAGCGCUAACAGAGAGCUAACGGUCAGAGCGGAGAGAACCUCCGCGAAGCUGCUUCAGAGCCGCGGAAUGAGCUCCUGGUCCCGCCCCUGAGUUUGGCCCCAGCAGGGAGCUGCAGACGGUCACCCCAACAUGGACGUAGACGUUCCGAACCGAUCCCCCGCGGAGGACGGGGAGCUAGAAGACGGAGAGAUCUGCGAUGAUGACACCGAGGAGAGAGCGCCUCCACGGCGGGGGGAUGGGAGCAGGCCCCGUGGCGGUGCUCCUCCUCGGCCGCGAAAGCCGCACAAGCACCCGCACGGCGCGCCGCCGCACUUGGGCCACCCGCCGCCGGACUUCCGCCACCUCAUGCCCUACAGCCUCGGCCCUCACGGCCCAUUCCCGCCCGGCCACCGGCAGCAGUGCGGGCCGAGCGGGCCCGACCGGCCUCCCUCCCCGCCACCGCAGCAGCAGCCUCCCGGGCUCGGCUCUCACGGGGAGCCCGGGCCGCGGUCCAGCUUCUGGGAGCGGAGCCACGGCGCACUGGGACGCUUCCGGCACCGCGGCAUGCCGAACGGAGGCCCCGGGGGCUGGAGCCGGGGCGGCCGGGGGGGCAACAGCAGGCCGCCUCCCGGACGGUACCUGCCCGGAGAGAGCCACAGCUCCCCCGCGAGGAAGCAGAAACCUCUCGGGAGGAACCGGCUCAGGAAGGUGGCUCACGGCGCUCCCAGGCCGGAGAGCAGUGGUGACGAGUCCUUCGAGGAUCUGCUGUCCAAAUACAAACAGAUCCAGAUCGAACUCGAGUGCAUCCGCAAAGAGGAGACGAUGGCCCUGGAGCCACGGACGUCACCAGUCAGGGACGACGUGGUGGAGUGCGUAGCCGCCGCUCUAACGGACACCAAAGCUGAACCGGGCCUGGCUCUGAGUCCGGCAGCAGCCGCGGACGAGGUGUCGGAGCUGGAGAGGAAGAAAGUGUUCCAGGCCUUCAACAUCAAACCGCUUCGUCAGAAACUCCCCACGCCGGCCGACCUGGACGAGCUGCAGAAGAAGUGGGCGAAGCCUGAUGGUGAAGGGGAUCAGCCAAUCACAGAUAACGGAGCAGAAUUGGAAGGAAAAGGUGCCAAAGAAGCAGAAGAGGGGACGCGCGAGAGCGGCGGUGAGGGAGAACAGCGAGCAGAAGGAGGAGAGCCCGCAGACGAGAGGCCGUGUGACCCGUGCAUCAUGGAGGAGCAGGAGAAACCGCCGCCGCCGUGUCCCAGCGAGUCGUCGGCGUCCAGCGAGGACUCUCCAGACAAGGCCACGGAGAAGGUGGUGGUGGUGGAGGAGGAGGAGCUGUCAGAGCUGCAGCUGCGUCUCCUCGCUCUGCAGUCGGCCAGUAAGAAGUGGCAGCAGAAGGAGCAGCAGGUGAUGAGGCGGAGCAAAGAACGCAUCACUAAAGCCACUCAGGAGAAGAGCUCAGGCCCCGGGGCCGCCCCACCCGCCAGGCAGAGGGUCACCACCAGGUCUGCUUCCACUGCCGCAGCCGCCACAGAGAGGACCAGGACCAGGUCCAAACCUCAGGACAGGGACCGCGAGCGAAACAAGACCGGGCCCAGACCUCAGGACAGAGACAGACUCAAGCCGUGUCCUAAAGCCGGACCUAAAGGCCCGCUGGAGAGGGCCCGCCCCCCGGGGAAGGCUCACAUCACCAAGAAGAUCAGCCCAGUUUCGGUGGCAAAGCAGGCGUUCAGGAAGCAGCAGGUGAGGACGUGGAAGCUGCAGCAGCAGAGGGAGCAGGAGGAGAAGCGACGGCAGGAGGAGGAGGAGCGCCGCAAGCGGGAGGACGAGAUCCGGCGAAUACGCGACCUGUCCAACCAGGACGAACAAUAUAACCGCUUCAUGAAACUGGUGGGUGGGAGGAAGAGGACGCGCAGCAAGUCCAGGGACCGGGACCACCGCAAGUCUGCAGGCAAGCCGGGCCUGGACACCUCGGGGAACCUCUACCAGUACGACAACUACGACGAGGUGGCGAUGGACACGGACAGUGAGACGGGCUCGCCAGUCCCGUCGCCAACGCACAGCAACCUGCUGUCUGUGGAGGAGGCGGCGUGCAUCCCUCACCUGUACGGCGCCGACCCCGUUCCUUUCGGAAUGGAAUUCUCGCAGCCCUUCCUCCCCCCACUGCUCUCCGCCAUUCCUCCACCCCCUCCUCCCCUCCCCCCUCCCCCAGAUGAGCUGGAGCCCCCCCCAAAACCUCCAUUUGCUGAUGAAGAGGAGGAGGAGGAGAUGCUCCUCAGGGAGACCUGCCUGAUGUCUAUGGCCAACAAGAGGGUGGUGGUCUCGGAGAAGAGCUCCAGCGCUCCUCCUUCUCCAGGUGGGCCUCCCCCUGCAGACCUUCAGCCUCCACCCAGAGGAAACCUGAGCACGGUCAGUCUGAACACGGUGCCUCAGCCCCGCCCAAACAAGGCCGCCAGAGCACACCUCGCCGCCAGAGCACCGCUUGUGCUGCCCAGACAUAAGACGGUGGUGGUUUCUCUCAACGACUCUGACGACAGCGACUCGGACAUGGACGCCUGCAGCUCAUCGCAGGCGGUGUUUGGCGGCCUGGAGUUCAUGAUCAAAGAGGCCCGAAGGACGGUGGAGGCGGCGAAGCCAAAAGGAGCGUCGGCCUCUGAGAAGGAGAACAACCCGGUCCGAACGCCAGAGGCUCUGCCUGACGCCAAGAAGGCCGAGUACCGCCUACUCAAAGAGGAGAUCGCCAGCAGGGAGAGGCAGAGGAUGAUGAAGGAACAGAGCCCUCGUGGCUCCGCCUCGCCCGCCACUGCAGACUCCAUCGACUCCUCCCUGAAGCCAGCGGUGGAGCUGAAGCUGAGCGAGGCCGAGCUGAAGCUCAGCAAACACAGGGAGCUGCUGCAGAGAGACGAGGCCGUGCUGCGACACCUGCUGCAGCAGGAGCUGAAGAAGAACGAGUCGCUGAAGGCCGCCGAGGCCAAAGUGGCCAAACUGAGGGAGCAGCUGCAGGCGUCGGAGAGGAUCGUCGGCGCCAACAAGACGCUCCUCAGGAAGUUGCGCGAGCAGGUCCACCGGGUGGAGCAGCGGGUCUCCGUGAAGAAGACGGUGGCGGUGCGGUUGGAGCAGGAGCUGGUGCAGGCUCACCUGGCCGCCGGCAGGGCGCCCAAACGGCGAGCGGACUCCAGCCGGCCCGCGCUCAGCAAGUUGCCGCGGCGUGACGCAGCGCCCCGCGGUUCUGAGCGCCACUUUGCCGAGCUCAUCGCUCAGAAGCAACGACUGCAGCAGCUCGAGUCCGAGUACGCGCUGAAGAUCCAGAAGCUGAAGGAGGCGCAGGUGCUGCGAAACAAAGGCGUCCUGCCAGAGCUCCCCGUAGAGCCGCCGUUGCGAUCCGCCACGCCCCCGGACCCUCAGGUCCAGCCGCCGCCGCAGCCCUCGCUGCACGACCUCUCCCAGGACAAGCUGACGCUGGACAGCGAGGACCCCGCGGAGGCCGAGGAUCACGAACCAGAACCUGCGCCCGCUGCUGCGGCCAGAGGCGGCCGUCGCUCCUCCUUCCGUCAGUCCAGCUGCUCCUUCACCAAACCCCACCUGGACGCCACGAGCUCGGCUCCGCCCAAAGACGUCGGCACUGCCGCCAAGCCCGUGAAGGCGCUGCCCAGUGGCUCGACAGGCGUGGAGCUUCCUGCCGAGAUGUUCGCGGGCUGGACGUGGACGCCCUGCAGCGGCUGUACAGACAGAAGACACCUCUGGGAGAUCUGCUGUGAGCGGAGACUGUCAGAGGGGCAGCUGAAGGUGUUUCCGGCUGAGGUGGAGACAGCGGUGAGUUCGUCGGGCGGCUUGGAGCUGAGGCCGCUUCCCUUCGGACCGUACCACAGCCCUCUGCUGGCCUUCAGGUCCUACAGGUUCAGCCCGUACUACAGGACCAAGGAGAAGCUGUCUCUGAGCUCGGUGACGUACAGCAACGCCAUCGAAGCAAAGAAGUGCUUCUGCCGCUUCGACCUCACGGGAACGUGCAACGACGACGGCUGCAGAUGGCAGCACAUGAGGAACUGCACUCUGAGCGGGAACCAGCUCUUCCAGGACAUCCUGUCCUACGACCUGUCGCUGAUCGGCUGCUCCGACGGCAGCUCGGACGAGGACGUGUGCGCCGCCACAGAGAAGUACAUGAAGAGGCUGUUCGGCUCUAACAAGGACCGCAUGGGCGUCGACCAGAAGGCCGUCCUCCUCGUCAGCAAAGUCAACGAAAGCAAGCGCCACGUCCCGCCCUACACCACCUACAAGGAUGCGAGGAGGUGGAGGCCGAAGCCAUCGACGCAAAGUGACCUCAGUCCCGAGGACGACGGCAGCGGCGACGAGGGGAUGGCGGCCGGUCACGUGACACCUGGCAGAGACAGCGGCGCUCACGCCGGCCUCUCUGCUCUGGACGCGUGCGUCACCUCGGAGGACAAACGCUACUUCAUCAGUGAGACGGACGACAUCGCCAACCUGGAGGCCAGCGUCCUGGAGAGCCCCCGAGACACUCAGCUGUGGAUCAAGCUCGCCUUCAAAUACCUCAGUCAGAGCGAGACCUCUGCGGCAGAGUGUUUGGAAGCCGCCCUGAACACGCUGUCACGCGCUUUGGAGAGCAACUGCGAUAAUCCCGAGGUGUGGAGCCAUUACCUGUCCUUGUUCUCCAGGCGGGGCAGCCGGGAGGAGGUGCAGGAGAUGUGCGAGAUGGCGGUGGAGCACGCCCCUGACUACAGAGUGUGGUGGAACUACCUGAACCUGGAGAGCUCAUUUGAAGGGAAAGACUACGUGUGCGAGCGUCUGCUGCAGUUCCUCCUCGCCGAGGCGUCGUCUGGAGUCACAGAGAUGCUGUCCUUCGAGCUGAUGGAGGCGCUGCUCUACAGAGUCCAGCUGAGCCUGUUCACGGGCCGGCUGGAGAGCGCGCUCGCCGUCCUGCAGAACGCUCUGAAGUCACCUCAGGACCGGAGCAUCGCCGACCACCUGAUGGCCGCCGACCGGGCGCUGCUCUGGCUCUCCUACAUCCACCUGACGGAGUUCGACCGACUGCCGGCGUGCCUGUAUGACCCCGCGGAGUCCGGCCCGUCCCGUGUAGUCAGCAGGGAGCCGUUCCUGCUGCCAUGGAGGACGCCGCAGGACAUCAGCACGCCUGCCGACAUCCUCAUCGCUCUCUUCCAAGAUGGCGUCCGUCAGUGCAGCGACGACCACGCAUCUGACAGCGAGGGGACGCUGGCCUGCCUUCCUCUGCACACCAACCUCAUCUUCCUCUACAAGUUGCUACAAAGGUACAGCGAGGGCGUCGCGCUGUGCGAGUCGCUGCUCGAGUUCUGUCCCGAGUCGUGCGUUCUGCGAGACGCUGUGGCCGACCUCCACCUGCACGGCGGGAGCGGCGACCGGGCGGUCAGCAUGUGGCUCCACGCUCUGGCCGAAUGCCCCCACAACGCCGAGGUCUUCUACCACUGCUGCAAGUUCCUCAUGGCUCAGGAGGAGGCGGGCGCCAUCACGCCGCUGUUCAGAGGCUUCGUGCUGUCGCUUUGCGAGGACGAGCAGAGUCCGAGGACGCCCGUAGAUGUGCUGCGGCACAUCCUGGGCUUCUCCUCUUCCUCCGAGCUGCUGGGAGGUCCCGUCAUCAAGAAGGAGCUGCAGGAGCGGCUGAGCCAGCAGAUGAGCUUCCUCCACCUCAUUCACUGUCGGUGGCAGUGGCUGCACGGCUCGGUGGAGGACGCGGCAGAGGCGUUUGAGCGCGCACUGGGGGCGGUCACCCAGCUGGAGGAGCUUCACAGGCUGUGGAUGGAUUACCUGACGUUCAGCUGCAGCCCGCAGGCCCGCGCCGCCACCGCCGCCUCACAGUCCAGGACGUUCUCAGACCUGGUCCAGCGCUGCCUCAGCACCACCCCCUCAAGACUCGAGCUCCCCUUCAACGCCGCAGAGUUCUGGAGCUGCUACCGCUUCCACAACAAGGUGGUCGCGCUUUACCUGAGCUGCCUGCCGCCAUCCCAGCAUGCACUGGUUCUGGAGAGACUGUGCUACACUAUGCCCAAUAACACUGAGCUGGGCCUCAGGUUGCUGCACCAGGAGUGGCUGGAUGGGAACAUGGAGCACCUGAAGUUCCAGGCCCGGAUGCUGAGCGGUAACACCCCCAAGUGUCUGAGCAGCUGGAAAAUAGCAAUUGCUGUGGAGGAGGAGCUAAAGGAGCGAGCUGAGGUGCGUCACAUGUUCCAGCAGGCCCUGCAGAACCUCCCACUGAGCGCAGCCCUGUGGAAACAUCGUCUGCUGCUGGAGGCAGCGGACGGCGGGGCCUCGGAGCGCCUUCGGCGGCUGUGGGACUGCUGUCAGCGGGCGGGGGUGAGCGUGAGCGGGGGCGUCGGCCCAUCGCUCGGCGAGGACGGCUGAUCAGACUGAUCAAUAAUAGAUCAAUAAUGAGAGGCUGUAGGUGACUGAGUGAGAGCAGACGAGGUAAGCCAGACGUCCCCCUCCCCGGCCGCUGAAGCCACGCCCCCUCCGGGAGCGCGUCGGUGUGAGUGUAAGUAUCGAGAGCUGAGUGCCGCCCUCACUCUUCAUCACCUUUCUUUAGUUCCUCACUUUUCAGUUGGAGUCAUUUCCCUCCCUUUUAUAUCUCAUUUACCCGGCGGGGGGAGGGGGGUGCUGAGGGUGUGUUUGGCGCCUGUGUGUGUGUGUCAAGAGGACGCCGCCGUCGCCUGUCUGUGGACUCUUUAGUUAAACAAACUGAGUGUUACUGAGGCGACGCGGCGAGAAAGGGAGCGGAUGCAGAGACUGGACCGACCACCGCCGCUGUUGGCCACGCCCCUCUGAGACUCAUGUGCAAUGUGCUUUUGUUUUGUCAAUCAGCUGAUUAAAGAGUAUUAGCAGCAGAGGAGAUGCGCGUCCUGCCACUGAUGUUUUUUACAUUCACCUGUUAUUAAAUUAUUUUCUAAAAUAA